CCUUUGCUCAGGCUUCUCAAGCUCGUUUCAAAAGGGUUGUCUCUGGAUUUCCUCACACGCCAGAAUGUUUUCCUUCCUGUUCAUUGCUGUGCUCUGUGCCAGCUGCCUGGCAAAACCUGCCUUGGUGUACUACUCCUACUCUCGUGCAGUUGGAGGUGGUAGUGGCACUUCCUUCUCCUCAGAUGGACAGGGAAGGAUCACAGGUGUUAGGGUCUGGGAGAUAAACAAUUCCUACAUCACUGGUAUCCAGCUGCGUUAUGAUUACAUUUGGUCUCAAAGGCUUGGACGCACAAAUGGCCAUGCGCACGAACUGGACCUGUUUGAUGGAGAGGUUAUUUUUCAGGUCUCUGGUAAAUACCACACCAACUACAUCUAUCAGCUGAUAUUUGUGACCUCCAGAGGGCGCUCUCUGAUUGUCGGACAGCCUUCACAGAGCUCCUUUAACUUCUACCCGAUCCACGCGGAUGCAGAGCUCAUAACACUGAGUGGCCGCUAUAAUGGCAAUGGGAUUACUUCACUGGCAGCUCACUGGGGAGUGGUCUUCAUUAAUCAAGGCAACAGCACUGCAUAAGCACAUAAUGACCUAGUGAAAAACUGAGUAACGAUCUACUAUUGUUUAAUAAUCGAAAACUGUCAGUGGUCAACCAACAUAUGUGUUUCCAAUAUGUGCUAAAAAAUGUGCACAGGGUAAU